UGGUGCUGUCCAGAAGUUCAGUCUUGUGAGCUGUGCUAGUCCUGAGAGCCCCAAGCUCAGAGAAGUAGUCCAGCCGCCCCACAAACAUCUAGUCUGACUCCUGCAGCUGCAGCACACACACCACUCUCACCCUGUUACCAAAGAUUUAUUGAAUCCUUGAGAUAACGCUGAGUUGUUGCGAGUCCCUGAGAUAAGAUCACAGCAGCUUCAUUGCACCUGAGACUCAGCAGAGAUGAUGAUGAUGAGGAUGCAGCAGGACUCACACGGCUUUCUGGUCCUACUCCUGUUGGUCUUCAUCGCUGGGACAGCGCUGUCUGGUCCCUCAACUCCUCGCAGGAGCAGAGUGCGACGUCAGAACAUGAAAGUUCGUAUCAACGCCACAGGAGACACCAUCGUGAUGAAGUUUCUGCGACCAAACGCUGACACCAAGCUUGAGGGCUACAUCCUGGGCUAUGGCAGCAGCAUGUUCUCCAAACAGUUCAUUCCGCUGCCAGAGAACGGAGAGCCGUAUGAGACUGAGUUUGAUGCUGAGCCAAAGUACCUUAUAGCCGUCCAGCCCAUCCCGACCAACGACGUGAAAAAGCAUUGCACAGGUAAAGUGGAACUGCAGAAGCCGCUACACUUGGUGAUUGGAUCAGUUACGCCCACCUCAGUGCUCCUGUCCUGGGGGACACUGUUGAAAACACCUCAUGAGGGCAAUAUCAUGAAUGACUGUGUUGAGGACGGACACUACACGGUGCGCUAUCGUGAGAGGAGCAGGAAGUGGAACUACCAGACUUGCCCUACCAGCGACACGGUCAUCGACAAUCUGAAGCCCAACACAGUCUAUGAGUUUGGUGUUCAGCCCAGCGCCAAGGAUGUCACCGGAAUGUGGAGCAAGCCGGUCAUUCACAACAUCAGCUCGGGGGGAUUAGAGAAGAAGGCCAUCAGGAAAAUCUUGAAGCGGCCUCUCAACCCUGUUAAACCUAUGGCAGCAGGUCCACGGUCCUUCCCUUUUGUUCCUCGCCAUGUUCUCCAUAACAAGACCCAGAGCAGACUGCCCAUCUCCCGGAGCAUAGCGUCAAAGACAACUCUUGCUCCAACCACAAGUACUACUACAACUACUACACAGGAAUCUCUGUCAACUCCUGGACCCACACCGCCUACCGUCACCAAACGGCCAAUCGGUGGAGUAGACCUCUCCAGAUCUGUCUUGCCUCCUUUCCUUGAAAUUCCAUUAGGUCCCAAGGUCCAUCCUACACUACACAUUACUCCCCCUGUGGUGUCGGUGCCAGUCUCCCACACAAAUGUGGAUAAACAUGGAGUGUACCCACAGCAUCGGCCACAACCAAAGCCUAAACCAACAUCACAGUACAUAACUCAGACCAAACCAAUAUCAAAACUCAUACCCCAGACCCAACCACAACCUAAACCAGCAUCAAAACGCAUACCCCAGACCAAACCAAAACCCCAACCAACAUCAAAAUUCAUACCCCAGACCGAUUCAAAACCCAAACCAACCUCAAAACUAAAUCCUCAGACCCAACCACAACCCCACCCAACAUCAAAACUCAUACCCAAGACCCAACCACAACCCCACCCAACAUCAAAACUCAUAUCCAAGACCCAACCACAACCCCACCCAACAUCAAAACUCACACCCCAGACCCAACCACAACCCCACCCAACAUCAAAACUCAUACACAAGACCCAACCACAACCCCACCCAACAUUAAAACUCAUACCCCAGACCCAACCACAACCCCACCCAACAUCAAAAUUCACACCCCAGACCCAACCACAACCCCAACCAACAUCCAAACCUAUUUCCCAGACCCAACCACAACCCCACCCAACAUCAAAACUCAUACCCAAGACCAAACCAACAUCAAAACCUAUUCCCCAGACCGAACCACAAUCCCAACCAACAUCAAAACGUAUUUCUCAGACCCAACCACAACCUCAACCAACAUCAAAGCCCAUGUCCCAGGUCAAACAUGAACCACAACCGAAAUCAGAACUCAUACCGCAGACCCAACCUCAACCAAGAUCCCAGACAGUAACCCAGACUCAACCACAGCCCCAAACAACAUCAGUACUCAUACCCCAGACUCAACCACAAUCCCAAUCAACAUCCCAUCCCACACAUCAGACCCAACCUCAAUCCCAACAAACAUCCCAUCCAGUACCUCAGACCCAACCACAACCCCAAACAACAUCUCAACCCAUAAGCCAUAACCCAAGUCAAACCCAACCCCAAUCCCAGCCCAAAUUCCACACCCGGUCUCAAUCACAAUCUCAACAAAAGUUCAAUAUCCAACCAGAGCCUAAAAACACAACGCAGCUCUGGGCAGAUGCACAAUCUCAAACAACACUCCAUCUCAAACAUCAGGACCAGCAUAAAACACAACCACAAAUAAAGACCCAGACCCCACUUCAACCACAUGCUCAACCAUCUCCCCAGCCCACAUAUAUGGCACAUGCCCACACACCUUCACCAACACUCCAGCACAUACCUCAUACCCAACAAGCACUACCCAUGAUUCACAUCCAGCCCCACUCUCACCCACAAUCCUCAAAUACACCCCAGCCACAAACCCAAACACACCCUCAACCAAUGAACAACCCACAGUCCAAGCUAAAUGCCAAGGGAAGGCCUAAAGUCCAACCAGCAUCUAAACCAAAAAUUAAGUCUGUCCAACCGAAACCCAAACUUCAACCAAAGAGCGUACCCAAGUCUGAACCCAAAGUCCUGCCCAAGACAAAACCGAGCCCCCAAUCAAUAACUCACCAAAAAAAGCAACGUAAACAUCAACAAAUGCCUAAAACCAUGGACAAACAACAAACUAAAGCAAAAACACCACAGUCACAACCUCCUCCAAAGACACAGACUCAGUCCAAACCUGAACCUCUUCCCAAACCACAACCUACAUCUAAGAGUCGAUCAAAUCCUCAACUUGGGCCACCAUUGCAGCCUCAGACCAGGACCUACUCUGAACCCACCCAGGCCAACCCAAGACACACUGUCCCUACGGCUCCUAGUCCAGCAGAAGAGGGCAAGCCUCUACCAAGACCUGCCCUGGCUACCGAGAGAGCCGGUAGUUACAAUCUUGGUGCUGGCAUCCACAGACCAUCCAAAGCUGAAGUCCCUCGUACUCCCAUUAGCUCAUCAAUUCCUACAGGAGCAAGAAACAACACGCUAUCUCGCACCCGGAUUCCCCCUCAUUCCACUGGUGGUGGUGUCAGAACAGGUUCUUCAUCCAAGACAUUGACUUCUUCUCGCAGCUCCAGCACACCCGGGGCAGCCGACGGGGUUCAUCAUAGGCCCAUUGCUCUUCCUAAGCCUGUGGUGUGGUCCAAAGAAAACCCUGUUCUGCAACCCCCCAUUCCCGUCAACAAGAGACCCAACCUGGUGGGGAAACCAACUGACCAUGAUAAACCCAUGGACCUAAAACAAGGAGACAAAGAGUCCAUCUUGAAGCCAUUCCCUCUGGUCACAGCCAAGCCCAAACAAGAGCGAAGACAGCCGACGACCACCUCUGCCCCGGCAGUAAACAGCAGCCACUUUGACAUAUAUGAAAACUCCUCCAUAUUCAGGCCCCUGCCGGCAUCAGACCUAGACAUCAUGGGCAAGAAGCGUUUUGUAGCUCCCCACGUGAUCUACAAGACGGAUAAAAAGCCAGACGAGCCGUGCUCCAUCACCUCCUCUCUCUCUUUUUUCCCUGAAGAGGAGGGCAGCGAUCAGAAUGUGACGACCCCACCCCGCAUCCCUCCCUCCAACCUCACCGUGGUCACCGUGGAGGGCUGCCCGUCCUUUGUCAUUCUUGACUGGCAGAAAACUGACAACGAGACCAGAGAAUAUGAAGUUGUGUCCACCGCUAAAGGACCGAAUGGACAGGAAGUUUCCAUACUGACGACCAACCAGACACACACGGCCGUGGAGAAUCUCAAACCGGAGAGCAAUUACGAAUUCAAAGUAACACCAAAGAAUGAGCUGGGAACCGGACCCUCCUCUGAUCCCGUGACCUUUAGCACAGAAUCAGCUGAUCCACGAGUGAGUGAAUAUGUUGCAGGCAAAGACGCCAUCUGGACUCAGUUCCCAUUUAAAUCAGACGCCUACUCUGAAUGCAAUGGGAAGCAAUACGUGAAGAGAACCUGGUACAGGAAGUUCGUAGGGAUCCAGCUCUGCAACUCGCUGAGAUACAAACUCUACCUGAGUGACUCGCUCAAUGGUAAGUUCUACAACAUUGGAGAUCAGACGGGGCACGGUGAGGACCAUUGCCAGUUUGUCGACUCCUUCCUGGAUGGACGGACCGGCACCCAGAUGUUUGCUGACCAGCUACCAAGCAGGCUAGGGUUCUACAGAGCAUUGAGACAGGAACCUGUCCAAUUUGGAGAUAUCGGAGGAAAGUCACACGUUACCUAUGUGGGCUGGUACGAGUGUGGCACACCUAUUCCCGGGAAGUGGUAAGAUCCCACAGAGCUGGCCCGGAGGAUGGCUCCCUAGUUUCCAAGAAGAAGAAGACAAGCUUUUCUAUAAUGUUACCAUGGACACUGUCAGUUGGAACUCGGCCUACUCUCCCAGGUGUGAACCUCUAUAGAACGAUCAUGUGUCACAGAACUCUGUCCCAUGCAUUUGUAACAUUGGUCGUAAUUUCUCUAUUUAUCCAAAAUGCUACGAUGGACAAAAGAGUGUAAGUGAACCAAAAUGUUGAAUAUACAGUAAUCGGCAAAACUAUUGGGAAGCUGGCUCCCGAAGUGUAAUAACGUGUAUGAUAUUAUUUAUCAAGGGUUUGUUAUUGAAUAUUCUGUGUGCUUGGGCUUUUGAGAUAAGAAAGUAAAAGUUGUUCCCGGUACUUGCAUGUCAGUGAGCACACACAAACGUCAUUUGUACACAGAAAGCAGCCAAAUCAUACUUUUCGUUGUACAAUUGGACCCUGCAAAGUACAAGUAUACACAGACAUGCAGAAUCGACCUUCUGCUGGCCCUAAGGGAUUAUUAGCAGUUGCAGUUUGCACAGUAUUAAACUUUUUUUCAUAUAUGUAUAUGAUGUCAAGUACAGUUUGUAAACCAGUGACCACAGAAACAUUUCAGGUAAAACAUAAAACAGUUUUAGCCAAAUUGUUGAUCUGUUUGUAAGAAAUCAACGUUUGAGUUUCUGUGGAAUCACUUGAAAACAAAAGCAUUUGUAUUUUUUUAUGCCCGUGCAGUUUUGUAUUGUAGAAUAAAAUAAAGAAUAAAAUAUAUAUAUACGUUUGUAAAAAUAGAAAUAAACUGAGCUUCAAUGACAUAAUUUAUGUUUUGUGUUAAAUCAUUGGAGAGUAACUUGCCGGUUUUUCCACAUCUGUCACGUUGGCAGUUGUUUUUGAUGGACCA